CGUUAUGAUUUACUUUAGAAAGAUUCUCGAUAGUCUCAGUACUGGACAGUUAGCGUCAACGAAAUGUCGAAUAUCUCGUGUCUCUUCUUUUGCAUUAUUUGGAUAACUAUAUUUGAUAAUGUGCUGCUCGCAAAAACCGAAGAUGUCCUGCAUAAGAUAAAAACAGGAUUGCAGUAUGCAAGUAAUUAUUUGGAAACAGCCAAGGAUAUCGCCGAUUUAGUAUCUAAGAGUUUAGGCGGUAAACAGAAGCAGAAGCGCGGUGACAAUGAAAAUGAUGAUGCAAAACAGCCAUUUGGUCCUUCAAAUCUUGUCUCCGCAUUCUUUCACCUCAUUGGACUUGAUUCGCAAAAAGUCGCAGCAAUCGCGGUCAACAGCGUUAUAUUUCUUGCACAGAUGAUAAGUUCGCUCUUUGGAUUAAAAUCACAAGAAAAUAUCGCCAAAAAUAUAGAUGACAAAGUACUCGCUUGGGACCCUUUAAAAUUUACUUUAGAAAAUAAAAAUGAAAAAAUUCAACGUUUGGUUGAGCAAGCAAAAAAUCCGAAUCUACCAAAUCAAUUGAUUGCAAGAAUGGCUGGUCCUGAUUCUGCUUGUAUCAGAUUACUAGUAUGCAAAUCAUCUCCGGUAAUAAAAGCGGCGCAAAAUUCUCUUAAUAAUAAAUCGCAGAAUCAUAUGCAUCGAUUAAUCGCUUGGCUACCUUCUAAAGAGGAAUUUGAAACAAACAGCGACGAAUGCGAGGAUAAUCAUACCGAUUGUAGUUUAUUUUUGUCGUAAUAACAAUUAUCAGUGUGAGAGAAAAAAAUAAA